GCGGUGGCUGAGAGAGCAAAAGAUGGCGCAUUCGAAAUAUUUGCGCGGCCAGCAACUGAAAUGAGAGGUACAGAGAGAGCAUGAAGAGUCGCGUCUUCGAUCUGGUGGCGCUUCGGAUUCCGUUUUCAUUGACGAGAGUGAUUACGUCGUCGCCGUCGCCGUCGCCGAAGCUGGUUUGAGAUCUCUCCGGUCCGGACUCGCCGUUGCCUCCUCUCCUCUUCGCCUAGGGUUUGGGGGGCGAGCUUCAGGAGCCAUGCCGACAUUCACAGCAAUAGCUUUGGACAGGCUAUUGGAACCUGGGGCUUUUAGACCGGUUGAUAAAGCAGUGGACACUUCGAGGUCUGCUCCUAAUGCUAAGCCACCAAAGCCCAACCCAGUUUUGGAGUCGAAGCUAGAGAGACGUAACAGUGUGCCGUCCAUUGAAGGGAGCAUUCAGCUGCCUCGGCUAACACCAUCGCUGUAUGCCACUCCUGAUGUGACUCCUCUUCUUGACUCACCUUCCUCGCUUCCUUCUUCUUCCCCUUACAUCAUCAAUCACAAGCGGCGUGGGCCAAGGCUCCUGAAGAGUUCCUCACUGGACAGUGCUUCAUCUCACCACAAGGUCGUAGAUGAAGAGAAGUCCAAUGGCAACAUGAAAGAUUCAGAAACUUCUUGUCUUGCAAUUGCGGUUGAUGAAAGUGAAGUCGCAAGCUGCAAGGGCUUCAAGAACAGGGUUUUGGAUGCCGGAACUGGUAGUUUGAGCUGCCAAGUUGAAGAGGAAAAUGUUUCUGCUAAGCCUGUUACACUGGCUGCUGAAAUUGAGGGGAACAGUGAAAAUAUCUGCCAUCCUUGGGAUUCCUUUUGUCAUACAGGUAACACUGAUGCAGAGGAAAAUGGCACAACAGAAUAUUCUCUGAAGUUUGAAACUCCUGUGGCGGAAUUUUUUGACGCUUGGGAAGAGCUAUCAUCUGAGGGAGGAGUGCUCACUUCUCGUUGUAAUCUUGAGGAGGAAUUACGUGAGAUUAGGUUGAGUUUAUUGAUGGAAAUAGAGAAGCGCAAGCAAACAGAGGAAGCUUUGGUCAAUUUGCAAAGCCAGUGGCAUAGGAUCAGGCAUGAGCUAUCAUCCAUGGGACUGACACUGCAUGCAUGUCCAGACAUGGCAUGUGAACAGUUGGACGUCGAUUCUCUUGAAGAGUUGUUGCAACGAGUUUUUCUUGCUCGUUUUGUAUCAAAUGCUAUUGGGAGGGGCAUUGCAAAGGCAGAAGUGGAGUUGGAGCUGGAAGCUCAGGUCAAGGAAAAGAAUUUUGAGAUUGCCCGAUUGUUGGAGCGGCUUAAUUAUUAUGAGACCGUGAAUCAUGAGAUGUCCCAGAGGAACCAGGAAGCUUUUGAGAUGGCUCGGCAACUCACGCAAAGAAGGAAAAGGAGGCAGAGAUGGAUUUGGCGUUCUAUAGCAGGUGUUAUUUCACUUGGCACUGCAGUGUUGGUAUGGUCGUACCUCCCAACAGGACAAGGAUCCACAACCACUAGCCAUUCUCUGGCUACUGCGCAAAGUAAUGAAGCCAAACAGUGAAUCCCUCCUUCUGGACUUAACAAAGUUGCAAAAGAGAAGGGUGCUCUACUCUGUGAAUAUGGUUUUUUGAAAUUUAUUGAUGCUUCGUCCAGCAAAUAAUACAGAAAGCAUGUGCUGUUGCAAUGCACCAUCUGGAGGCUGAUGAAGGGUGUGAUUAGUUUUACGAGACCACACCCAGAUCUCGUGCUGCAGGUGGCCAAAUGUGGCUUUUGAAGGAACGUUUCAGCACGGGACAA